AUGGUGGAUGUUUCGAUUCUAGAGAGGCAGGAAGCUGAAAACAGUCUUGCUACUUUCAUCUACUUCCUCCUCCUUGGAUGCGGAGCACUUACGCCAUGGAACUCCCUCGUCUCCGCCGUCGAUUUCUUCAGCACUCUGUUUUCUCAAUAUGACGUCGCGGAUGCGUUCGCCAUUGCGAAUUUUUCUGCCAGUCUUUUCUUCUUCCUGCUACAGCUCAAGUGGUUCCGAUGCUUCCAGGCGAAGGCUUACAUCUGCCUGUUCUUGUACUUUGCCGUUCUGUCUUUCCCGAUGUAUCAGGCAUGGCGAUACACUGAGCCCUUCCAGGAAGCGUCUGUGGACCAGGCUUUGCAGUUCGCUCUAUUGGUAGGUUUGGUUGGCGUGGCCGGAGGAGCAGGAGCAGGGCUGCAGACAGUGUUCUUCAGCCUCUCCGGGCAGGUAGGUAGCACGUACACCGGGGCCUUCAUGAACGGGCAGGCAGUUGCGGGAUUGUUGACUUCUACAUGCCGCAUCCUGUCCAAGGUUUGGUUCGACGAUCUGCCUCCUUUCGACGCCCUGCGCACCAGCUCCAUCAUCUACUUCAUCUCCUCCCUCGUUGUUGUUCUCCUGUGCACCCUGUCGUUCUUCAGCUUGCUGCGGAUGCCGAUGGUGCGGCAGAGUCGAUCCCAUGCGCAGAAUCUGAGGGAGGACGCUCUGGAUGACGAGGAGAGAGAGAUCUUAGUACCUGAGGAAGGCCUUCCUCCUCCUCCUCCUCCUGCUUCUCAAGACGCAUCCGUCAUUGAUGUCUUCCGCAAAGUCCACCCGUCCGCCAUCGGAGUUCUCUUCGUCUUUUGGCUCACCAUCAGCCUCUUUCCUGGCAUCACCACCAAGAUCCCAUGCGCAGGUCAGGACGAUCGCAACUGGAUGCCCAUCCUCCUUAUCGCCAUGUACAACGUGGGAGACUUGGCGGGCCGAGUGGCUGGAGGGCACCUCUGCUAUCUCCUCUCCGAGCGUUUCCUUCUCAGCUUCGCUGUCCUUCGUGUUGCCCUCAUCCCUUUGUUCCUCCUCCUCCAGCGAAGUCCCCUGGUCCUCGCUCCUUUCCACAACGAGUCAGCUUUCCUUGCCGUCUGCCUCCUGGCAGUAUCGAAUGGAUUCGCGGCAACCAUCUUCUUGAUCAAGGGGCAGGAGCGAGUGUCAACAGGUCCUCAGCGGGAUACGGCUUCAACGCUGCUGGCGCUGUGCAUGGUGACGGACCUCGUGACUGACCUCGUGACCCCGUGA